AACGCCCAACAUCGUUGGAAGCUUAUAUUACCUAAAAUAGGGCAGAAAUUCUCUAGUAGGCCCACCCUGGACACACCAACCAGGAUACACCAAGAAGGAGAUAUCUCGUUCCUUGCCCAUGGCGUAUCUUGUAUACCGUCGAAGUUCGGUUUAGAUAUCCAGAUGACUACUGGCAAGAUUACAACACAAGAUCCGGUAAAUAUACCUUUAAUGUUAUUUAUCAUCACUGCAUUGGUUCUCCAGUCUUCUUCGGCGACGUGUUAAAAGGUAUAUAGGGAAGUACUAUGAAUUCCUGGAAAAACUGUUGUGGAUUUAAAAAAAGUCCGUUUUCCUCGAGUGCUCAAGAAGUCGAAACCAAACUUUGUUGUUAAGAGCUCGUACCAUGUCAACAAGCCAAUAUCUAGCUUACAAGGAAUAGGAGGGAAUAGAGGGAAGCCUAUACCAAUAACCACAGGAAUUACGACUGUCACGUGUGAUACAUUAUGGAGACUGCGCACGUCCGGAACUUGACGGACAUGAACGCGUCUUUGUCAGAAUCGCCGCAGACAGGUCUAGAAGGUGUGUGGGCUCACAUUGCUGUACUUUCUGUGCUUACCAUAGCUAUUCUGAGUCUUAACGUCUGUGUGAUUCAUGCCAUCAUGAAAAACAAACAUCUACGCACCGGAAGUAACUCGCUCAUCGUCUCGUUGGCAGUGGCGGACAUUUGUAUCGCGCUAUUUGUCAUCCCUGGUCACAUUUCUCGGAACUUCUCGGAGCGGUACAUGGGGAACAUCUUGUGUGUGUUUUGUUCUUAUAGUUCCUCUGUGUCCAUGGCCGCUGCCGCUUUCUCUCUAUGUGCCAUUUCUUUGGUCAGAGUCAGAGCCGUGGCUUAUCCUCUAAAGCCCAAGUUUUCUAAGCGCGAUGCUGGCUUUGUGAUAGUGCCUCUGUGGUUGGUAGCGUUAGUCUAUGGACUUCGUGGGGGGUUGACCUUCUCUCUUAGAGACGUGACGUUACUCAAUGGUGUCAAUCGGACGAUUUGCACGAUGAAUUCCGCUGACGUGGUGAAUGAAGGAGUCGCGGCUGUAGAGCUGGUCGUAAUUUUCAUCCUGCCCGCCAUCGUCGUGUGCGUAUCGUACGCUGUGAUACUGUAUCUCAUAUCUCAACAUAACAGACGUAUGAAUGGCGGGGAUGAAAACAAGGUGAUCAUCAACCGCACAAACAAUACCGGUGUGAAAGCUGUGCGGGUGUCCAUUUUGAUGGUCUCUAUAUUCGUCGUGUGUCAUCUACCAACAAACGUUGUGAUGAUGUACGUAUCGAGUGGCGUCGAACUUUUCCCGCAGAUCGCCAUCCUCGUCAGAGCGUUUUAUAUAAUAGCCUUUAUAAACAGCGUCCUCAAUCCGAUAUGUUAUGGAUUUUUCAAUCCAAACAUAAGGAGAGGAUUGUACAAAGCCUGUAGCGCCUGCUGCUGCUGCCGUAGAAUAAACACCCGUCAAUGAAAGCGAUAAGAAGGUACAUGGAAUCAGAGUGAUGGAGGAAGUCUGACUACAUGUACAACCACUUGGGGGCACACACUGUGUACAAGGACUACAACCACAUGCAGGGUACAAACUGUGUACAAGGACUACAGCCACAUGCAGGACACAAACUGUGACCAAGGACUACCACUACAUGCGGGCAAAAACUGUGUACAAGGACAACAACCACAUGCGGGCACAAACUGUGUACAAGGACUACAGCCACAUGCAGGACACAAACAGUGUCCAAGGACUACAACUACAUGCGGGCACAAACUGUGUACAAGGACUACAACCACAUGCAGGGCACACACUGUGUACAAGGACUAGCACUACAUGAGGGCACAAACUGUGUACAAGGACUACAGCCACAUGCAGGACACAAACAGUGUCCAAGGACUACAACUACAUGCGGGCACAAACUGUGUACAAGGACAACAACCACAUGCGGGCACCAACUGUGUACAAUGACUACAGCCACAUGCAGGACACAAACAGUGUCCAAGGACUACAACUACAUGCGGGCACAAACUGUGUACAAGGACUACAACCACAUGCAGGGCACAAACUGUGUACAAGGACUACAACUACAUGCGGGCACCAACUGUGUACAAGGAGCAUGGGGCUACAUGGGGCUAUAGGUUAUUGAAUAAAUACGGGCUAAUGUGGUCGAAUUCUAUUUUCGCGUGGCCCUGAAGCGUGACCGAGUUUGCAAGGGAUUGUACACCACACUAUCCUGACGAGGU